CAAAUGGGGCUGCUCCUAGCCAAAUUGUGGAGUCUUUUUAAAUCUGAGGCGCACAAAAUAGUCAUUGUUGGUCUUGAUAAUGCGGGAAAAUCUACCAUUUUAUACCAAUUUGUGCUGAAAGAAGCAGUCCAUACUACUCCGACUAUAGGAAGCAACGUCGAGGAGGUCAAAUGGCAAAAUCUUCAUCUUAUUAUGUGGGACAUUGGUGGCCAGGAAUCCCUCAGAGCAUCAUGGGAUACCUAUUAUACUGGCUCAGAAAUUGUUAUCUUUGUUGUAGAUAGUACCGAUCGGACGCGCAUCCCAACAACUAAAGAAGAAUUAUACAAAAUUCUAGUAGUUGAGGGUUUACGAAAAGCUAAGAUACUUUUAUUUGCCAACAAGCAAGAUGUGGCCGGCUGUAUGUCAGUUACAGAAAUAAGCCACCAUCUCAAUCUAACGUCUAUUAAGGAUCACCCUUGGCAUAUUCAAGCCUGUUGUGCUCUAACAGGGGAAGGUUUACACCAGGGCCUCGAGUGGAUUGCUGCACACUUAGGAAAGUAG